GGCACCGACUAGCACGUAUUCCUACGACUUGGCCCUUCUGAGAGGACGGAAGCCCGACCGGCUCAUUCUCUCAGCUGUGGUGACAACGUUGCGUGAUCGACAUCGAAAAACUUCCGACAGACGGAGACGAUAACUAUACAGACGAGGAUUGACAAGUUUUUUCCCGAUUAUCAGCAUAUUAGCCUCAGUUCGAGGAAUCGGAAUCACGUGUACCAAACUUCGCAAAGCUGUGAGAAUCGGGAUUCUUGGAGUCCUCUUCCUCUCUCAUUCAUCGCUGCCCCCUCUUAUGAAUUGUCGACACUGCUUCGCAUCGGAGUAGCCGAAGGAAGAGCUCGGAGAGGAAUUGAAAAUCGAAUCGAAUCAUAAAUGGGUUUCGGUAUUUACUCGCUGCUGGAAGCCGGUCUACUGGUGCUCAACGCAGUGACAAUUCUUCACGAGGAGAGAUUCCUGAAUAAAUACGGACUCGGAAGGAACAUGGCGAUGCAGGGCUAUCAACAACCGGGCGCAAAAACACAGAUCAUCAAUUUGAUUCAUUCUGUCAAAACAGUGAUGAAGGUUCCGCUAAUAUUUCUGAAUUUGAUGACGAUCCUCCUAGAAAUGUUAUUUGGUUGAUACCAUCUGGACCGAGCAAUCUCCUGCUUCUACCCUCCAAGUUCAGACGGGAGUCCUCGAAGAAAUGUUACAUCACGGCUUUCGAAAAACGCGGAUGGACUCCGGCGGAAUGAGACUGUACAGAUUAUCGGAUAUCGAUUGAAUAUUUAACCGCCCUCAAUGACUUUUU